GCGAUAAGCGUCCGGGUAGUGACGAACUACACUUCCCAAUGCUCCUACGCAGCGGAAGUGACGCAAGGGGCAAAUGUGUUGGAGGAUUUGGAUAAAAAUGGCUGAAUAUUUAACUUCAAUAUUCGGGACUGAGGACAUAGUUAACUGCUCGUUUUAAGAUCGGGGCCUGCUGGCACGGGGACCGGUGCUCCCGGCUUCACAACAAACCGACGUGCAGCCAGGUGAGACCCGGUACGGAACUCUGGGGUUAAUGUCUCCCGGUCCUUUCUCUUCUGUAGUUCAUCAUCACAAAUUCCCGCCUUUUCCGGGUUCCUAAGGUCCACCCUUAGAAACCGGAGGCUUUCUAGUUGGACCUCUGCAGAUUCUUUCCCCGAGUUUCAGGUCCUUCUCCCGGGCAUCUAGCCACGCCCCUAUACUUAGAGACUUGGCUGCUGGGCUGUAAUUACCAGGUCCUCCCACACUCUUGUUUUUUCCUUUUUUCUUUUUCUUCUUCUUCUUUUUUUUUUUGUUUUUGUUUUGAGACAGGGUCUCAUGCUGGCCUUGAACUCACUAUGUAGCCCAGGCUGGCCUCGAAUUCAAGGCGAUCCUCCUGCCUCAGCCUCCUGAGUGCUCGGAUUACUGGUGUGCACCACAAUACCCGGCACACUCUUGUUUCUUAGCAAGUAUGAUGGUUAGGUUCCUUCUCUGGUUCAAAAUCCCACUCCCAAACCUGCAUACCCAACUCUUUUCAUGCAGCCCUGCUCUCCGAGCUCAGGUACUGCCCCUUUUAAAUCUUUUCAAAUUAUAGUGCUGUUCAACCUGUAUCAGAAUCCACAGGACACAGCCCAAACCCCAGACGAAUCACACUGUAGGGGAUCAGGCAGAACAGGUUCAGGGUGGACAGCCCCCAGCAGGCCAUCCCUCUUGAUUCUACCCUGCCCACUCCUCCAGGUCACGUGAGUGACAUUGAGGCACGGGAACACAUGAUAACUUCUUUCAGGUGAGGGUCGGCAGGAUAGGUUGGGUUUUCUGUGCUCCAGGAAUUAGCUGAGUUCCUCCUGGUCCUUCACAGGAGGUGUUCAUGGAACUGCAGGAGGAGUAUGGGGCAUUGAGGUGAAUGUGAGCAACAACUUGAGGGACCAGCUCUUGGGCAAUGUCUGUGUCAAGGUGCUUGCUGUCCCCUCCUUAGAGCCCAGAAGUGGAGGGUCACCCAUGAAAUCUCACAGGUUAAGGUCCAUCACUAAAUCCAGACAGCCUCAAAGCUGCUGACUAAUCCCCUGAAGAUCUCCAUUUCCUUUGUUGAUCCCGACCCACUGUCCUCUCAGUUCUGGUGGAAGGAGGAUACAGAGAGGGCAGUGGCUGAACUCAACAUCCGCUGAUUCAACAGGCAGGCUGUGGAUACCGAGCUGUUUCCUGCCACUGACUUCUGGGAGUCAUGCUGUCAAAAUGCGGCAGAGGCGCUGCGGUCGGAAGUCCUGCAGUCGCGGCCCCCAGGCUGCAGGCCCCGGCUCGGAUGGGGCUCAGGUACUUUCUGCAGACCGUGCUGCUUCUGGCCCUGGCAGCGCCAUCAGAAGCCUCCCAGUACUGCGGCCCCCUCCAGUACUGGAACCCAGACAACAAGCGCUGCAGCGGCUGCCUGCAGCCCUUCGGGCCGCCUCCUUACCCGGACCACGAGUUUGAGGAAAACUGCGGGCUCAAUGACUUCGGGGAUCAUUUGAGGCACCCGUUCAAAAAAUGUUCUCCUGGACAGUGCAACCCCGACUUGGCAGAGCUGUGUAGCCCCUGCAACAGAGGAGCUCUGGUCCCUACUCCCACUGGGAGCCGCGGCGGGACCCAGCAGUGCUAUAAAGAGAAGCCUUCCCCUGCCAAAGGGUUCUGUGCCCCGGCAGCUGAAGAAACAAGUCUCUACACUGCAGGAGCCCAUGUCACCAGGGAGUUCCAGUCUCUCAUGGACAACUCAGAGCAAUGUCUCUCCACAUUUUGUCCUGCCAUGGGUGUUGGUCUUUUUCUUAGUCCUGGUCCUACUCCUAACCUGCAUCCUUCUGCAAAGGCACCACCAGCACAAGGCAAAAGCCGAUUCCCUUCUCUGCCCUGGCUUGGUUCAAAAAGACCCCAACAGUUACACCCUCUCCUUGCAGUCACCCUCCCCAGGCGCUUUGCAGACAGGGUACACGGGAAAGGUUCCUUUGCUCCCACUCCUGAGCAUGGCUGAGUUGGGGACAAGCCACACCCAGAAGGGAAGAGGGGGUGGAAGCCUGCCCUUCCACCACUUCAUUCCUUCCAGUCUUCCAGAGCUGGCAGGUCUGAUGACACAGCUCCUAUCUCGACUCCUGGAUGAGCUGGAGGUGCUUGAGGAGCUGAUUGUGCUACUGGACCCUGAACCUGGGCCUGGAGGUGGCUUGGCCUACGGUACCACUUGGCACCUUGCUGCAAGAUAUGGGUUGCCUGCUGCCUAGUCCACCUUUGCCUACUCCCUGCGGCCCAGUCGCUCACCACUGCGGGCCCUGAUUGAGAUGGUGGUGGCAAAGGAGCCAUCAGCCACUCUGGGCCAGCUCAGUGUGCACCUGGCCCAGGUAGGGCGGGCAGAUGCACUGCAGGUGCUGUCCAGGCUUGGCUGACCUGGGAUCUAUGGGGGCCUACAAUAAAAAUGAAGUUUCCUUUUAAA